AGCUGGGUGUUUCCUGCCUCUCUCAGUCCGGGUUUGGAGACUCCCGCGAUCUCCGACUUUUCAUGGAAGAGAUGUCAGGAGAAAGUGUGGUGAGCUCAGCGGUGCCAGCAGCAGCUACCCGCACCACUUCCUUCAAGGGCACAAGCCCUAGCUCCAAGUAUGUCAAGCUGAAUGUGGGCGGAGCCCUCUACUACACCACCAUGCAGACGCUGACCAAGCAGGACACCAUGCUGAAAGCCAUGUUCAGCGGGCGCAUGGAAGUGCUCACUGACAGUGAAGGCUGGAUCCUCAUUGACCGGUGUGGGAAGCACUUUGGUACGAUACUCAACUACCUUCGAGACGGGGCAGUUCCCUUGCCUGAGAGCCGCCGGGAGAUUGAGGAGCUGCUAGCAGAAGCCAAGUACUAUCUGGUCCAGGGCCUGGUGGAAGAGUGCCAGGCGGCCCUACAAAACAAAGAUACUUAUGAGCCUUUCUGCAAGGUUCCUGUCAUCACCUCAUCCAAGGAAGAACAAAAACUUAUAGCAACUUCAAAUAAGCCAGCUGUGAAGUUGCUCUACAAUAGAAGUAACAACAAAUACUCAUAUACCAGCAAUUCUGAUGACAAUAUGUUGAAAAACAUUGAACUGUUUGAUAAGCUCUCCCUGCGCUUUAAUGGAAGGGUCCUAUUCAUAAAGGAUGUCAUUGGGGAUGAAAUCUGCUGCUGGUCCUUUUAUGGUCAGGGCCGCAAGAUUGCUGAAGUCUGUUGUACCUCCAUCGUCUAUGCCACUGAGAAGAAACAGACCAAGGUUGAGUUCCCUGAAGCCCGGAUUUAUGAGGAGACCCUGAAUAUUUUGCUGUAUGAGGCCCAGGAUGGCCGGGGACCUGACAAUGCACUCCUAGAGGCCACAGGUGGGGCAGCCGGGCGAUCCCAUCACCUGGAUGAGGAUGAGGAGCGGGAGCGGGAGCGGAUCGAGCGUGUGCGGCGGAUCCACAUCAAGCGCCCGGAUGAUCGCACCCACCUCCACCAGUGAGCAGGCAAGGGGACUGAGCUGCCCUCUUCCACCCCUCCCCCUCCCCCUCCUGCCGUGCUACACUCAGAUGCCCUGCAGGCUCCCGGGCACCUUCCACCUCCCCUGGAGCCUGAAGAUACUUUUGUAACAAGCCAGAUUAUUGUUUUGAUAUUUCUUGACAAAGUGACCUGAUUGUCUUCACCCAGGUGUGUAUGCCCCUUAUUGCUGAACAAGCUGUGUCUAAAGUC